UAUAUCGAUCAUCAUUCAUUCAUUCAGUAGAGUGAACAGAACACAAGCUAGCCUGCUGUGAGCUAUGGGUGAGGUGCCAAGCGAUGAGCUCCUGCUAGUCCUGGUCUCUGCCGCCCUCUUGGUGACCAUCCUCGUGAUGGUGCGCCGCUCGGGGAGUGCUGCGAGAGUGAGAGAAGAGUUGCUGCGCAAGCUGCCAUCUCCUGGCGGCUGGCUUCCCGUGAUCGGCCACCUGCACAUGGUUGGCUCCCAGCCACACGUCUCCCUUGGCGACCUCGCCGCCAAGCACAGCCGCGACGGCCUCAUGCUCCUCCGCCUCGGCUCUGUCCCGACGCUCAUUGUCACCUCGUCGAACGCCGCGCGGGCGGUGCUCCGCACGCACGAUGACGUCUUCGCUUCUCGGCCCCACAACCCCGCCACCGACAUCAUAUUCUACGGCCCCAGUGACAUCGCCUUCUGCCCCUACGGCGACCACUGGAGGCAGGUGAAGAAGAUCGCCAUGACGCACCUCCUCACCGCCAACAAGGUCCGCUCCUACCGCCAGGCGCGCGAGGAGGAGGCGUGUCUGGUCGUGGCCAAGCUCCGCGAUGCGAUGGCCGCAGGGGCCGCCCUAGACCUGGGCGAGCUGCUCAGUGCCUUCUCCACCAACAUCGUGGGCCACGCCGUGUGCGGCAAGUCCUUCAGGCAGAAAGGCCACGAGAAGCUCUUCAGGGAGCUGGUGGAGACCAACUCCUUGCUCAUUGGCGGCUUCAACGUGGGGGACUACUUCCCGGAGCUGCUGAAGCUGGACAUCAUCAGGUGGAUGGUUUGCGGCAGGGCCAGGAGAGUGAACAAGAUGUGGGACGACUUGCUCGAAAGCCUCAUCCAUGAACAUGAGAGCAAGCCGGCGCCGGCGUUGGGCGACGACACCGACUACAUCCACGACUUGCUUUCGAUUCAGAAAGAGUACAACCUCACAAGGGAGCAGGUCAAAGCUCAGUUGGUGAUCAUGUUUGGAGCUGGCACGGACACAUCAUACAUAGUGAUGGAAUACGCCAUGGCUCGGCUCAUGCAAAACCCCGACCUCAUGACCAAGCUACAGGCCGAGGUGAGGAGUAGCAUACCCAAGGGGAAACACAUGGUCACAGAGGACGAUCUUAACCAUCUGGCCUACCUAAAGGCCGUGAUCAAGGAGACACUCCGGCUUCACAUGCCUGCGCCGCUUCUGGUGCCCCAUCUCGCCAUGGCCGACUGCGUCAUAAACGGCUACACCAUACCGUCCGGGACGCGCGUCAUCGUCAAUAGCCGGGCUAUCGCGAGGGAUCCCAGCAGCUGGGAGAGCGCGGAGGAGUUCCUGCCUGAGCGCUUCAUGCAAGGCGGCAGUGCUGCGGCCAUGGAUUAUAAGGGGAACGGUUUCCUCUACCUGCCGUUCGGGACGGGGCGGAGGAUAUGCCCCGGUAUAAACUUCGCCAUUGCCGCCAUUGAAAUCAUGCUAGCCAAUCUCGUGUACCACUUCGACUGGAAGCUGCCACCGGGAUCAGCGGAACGGGGGAUAAGUAUGACAGAAUCAUUUGGGCUCACCGUGCACCGCAAGGACAAGCUCCUCCUUGUCCCUCUGGUACCACAAGAUUAUGAGACAUAAUGGUCCAUUCAAAGUGUUGUGCACACAAGAUUGGACACCCCAUUCUUUUGGACUUCAAUUCUUGUUAGGCUGUCGUAUUGAUUAUUGAAUAAACAAAGCAUUGUAUCAUCAAAACGAACUUCAUAUAUGCAUCGUCAAGUGAUUAGUUAUGAUGAGAUAACACUAUUGUACGUAGUGUCAAUACAUGAAGAUUCCGAUU